AGCGAGUCCAACUGAAAUCCCCUGAAAACUCCCUAGAUAUAAUAUUUUCUGCUGGCACAACGGUGUGAUGGGGGUUUCUGUGUUCGGUUAUAAUUUCCAUUGAGCAGUAUCGGUGUCUGUGAUAAACCACAAAAUCUCAACAGCCAGAAAAACAUCCCCCCUCCCCAAAAAGCUCCCCAAAACAACUGGGUGAAUAAAUCACCACCCAGUGGGUGCCGGUGACAAAUAGGAUCACCCCUCGUUUAACGCGCCGUCGAGUAACGAAACUACCGGCGUUGCAACGGGCAUUAACAAACUAUUUUAUUCCAUCGAUAAAUCUGCAUCACGGCUGGAGCAAACCACCGUCAAACGUUUCACAAAUACCCCAGCAAGAACACAAGGAUCUCUGAAGACUACAGAUACUCGAGUGUUUUCGUGUGUUGGAGGGGGGCAGACUUGUGCCCACUGGGCCGAUAACCUCCAACAAUCGUCUCAGAACCCCCCGAAAUCAUCAAAAACUCCCUCAAGAAAAAAAACAAAUCAAUACCCCAGCAAAAGCCCCCAGAACUCCCAGGGGAAUCAUUUUCCAUCCUAACCCCCAUCCUCAGGAUCCCCGUUCCCCCUCCUCCAGCCCCUCCUAUUCCCACCGAACAAUAGCCCCAACAAAACACCAGCCAUGAAGCUCGUGGACAACGUGGUGAGGAGCUUCAAAGUAGCCAAAGUUUUUCGUGAAAAUACAGACCGAAUAAACAGCAUUGACUUCUCCCAAAGUGGUGACACCCUCAUAUCGUGUUCUGAGGACGAUCAAAUUGUCAUCUACGACUGUGAAAAGGGAACACAGAUGAGGACAGUCAAUUCUAAAAAAUAUGGUGUCGAUUUAAUUCACUUCACACACGCCAAGAACACCGCCAUUCACAGCUCCACAAAAAUCGACGACACAAUACGUUACCUGAGCCUCCACGACAACAAGUACAUUAGGUAUUUUCCUGGACACACGAAGAAAGUUGUGUCACUGUGCAUAAGCCCCGUGGAGGAUACAUUUUUAUCUGGGUCAAUGGACAAAACACUGAGACUCUGGGAUCUACGUUCACCAAAUUGUCAUGGAGUGAUGAAUGUCUCUGGUCGUCCAGUUGCUGCUUAUGAUCCUGAGGGGCUUAUUUUUGCUGCUGGUGUUAAUUCAGAGUGCAUCAAACUGUACGAUCUCAGGAGCUUUGACAAAGGACCUUUUGCCACGUUCAAACUAUCACAGGAGAAGGAGUGCGAUUGGACUGGUCUCAAGUUCAGCAGAGAUGGAAAAACAAUUCUCAUAUCCACUAAUGGCAGCAUCAUCAGGCUCAUCGAUGCAUUUCAUGGUACACCUCUUCAGACAUUUGCUGGUUAUCUGAAUAACAAAGGAAUUGCCAUUGAAGCGAGCUUCAGUCCUGAUUCACAGUUCGUUUUUAGUGGUUCCACUGAUGGUAGAGUUCACGUCUGGAAUGCUGACUCUGGGUGUAAAGUUUGUGUACUCAAUGGUGAUCAUCCAGCUCCUGUUCAGUGUAUACAAUUUAAUCCAAAGUACAUGAUGCUUGCGUCUGCCUGUACUAAUAUGGCGUUUUGGUUACCCACUGUGGAGGAGACAUCGUAAAUUCCUGAUGGGGAAUUUCAAUGGUGGUUGGGGUUUGUGGAUGGACUGGGGGCCCGUGGGAUGAUCUCAGAGAUGAUGAGUUAUGAUGAUUAUUCUUUUUUUUUAUUGUAUAUUGAGUGACGAAUAUGGACACGACUAUUGUGAGAUGCAUUUUUUUUCUUUAUUUUUUUCGUCUUUGGUUCAUUCACCUCUUACAUAUAUUUUUCUUUUCUUUGAGAUUUUUUUUUGAGGAAUUCGUGGGGAGCUCUUGGGUGAUAAGGAGAUGUUCAUUAGGGUUGAUAAGAUAUACCAAUUAGUAUUGACGAUUUCUGUACAUAGAUGAUGUUUCUGGGGAUUUUUAUAUGUUUGAGAUGAUUUCCUUUGUCGAGUCUGAAUAAAUUCUGGAUUCAUGGUGGAUAUUUCAGGACUGGGUUUACGAAAAAAAAUGUCAGUGAAUAUUUUGUCGGGAUUUUCAUCUAAAUUUCAGCCAAUGAAAAUGGACCACUGGUUUUUUGUAGUUAACACGAUAUUAAAAUAAUAAUUUUUGAUAAUUUCACUGGUAAUUUUUGAUUGGCAAAUCAAGUUGAGCCUCGAUCUGACAUUUUAUUGGUCGAAAUUUUGAUGAUAAAAUAAUUCUACGAAUAGCCCUUGAAGCUCCGAAAAUUCUCGGCUAAUUCCCUCACAGGUGUCGAUUUUUCUGGCAAAAAUCUGCAAAAUCACAAUGUUUUCACCACAGAAUCGGGAAUUACUCCAUACUAUUUAUCCUCUGGUAUUGUUUACAAGAAUUUAAUUAUAUUUGUACAUUAUUUUUCUCUAGACUCAAUGGUUCUGAAAAUAUUCACGAAAUAGUAAAAUGCCUUUUUUUUAAAAUUAAUAUUUUUCUUUCUCCAAUGGCAUAAAGUCAACGAGACUCGAUUAGUCAUAUUAUUAGUCAUUAAUAAUCUGAAAAAAAAUAACAAUUGAAGUCUCACCUCCAACGAGUCACCUCUUUCUACCAAUUAAACACAUUCCCCCCUGUCCUCUCAUUUUAAUCACCACAAUUAAGAGAAAAAAAAAUUAUGACGAUUAUCGAAUUGAAUCUACGUAAUAACUAUGUGAUGGAAAACUUUAUAGUGUGACAUGAUAUGAGUGUUCAAAAGGUGUAUGUACCUAUUUAUCGAUAUGGGCGAAUUUAUUAUGCGAAUGUACGUGCAACCCUAUGUAAUAUAGUAUUUUUUUAUAUAAAAAAAUUAUCAGAAUUAUUAUACGUAAUUAUAGUUCAUUACUGGAUUCAUUUGUAUUUGAUUGUAUGAUAAUUGCACGUUACUGAGAGACAAAAUUAAAUGGAGAUGAAUGAUAAGACAGGAAAUAAUUGAGUUCUUUAUCAGUCUGUGAAUCUGAGGGAAAUUUAUUUGUCCCGAUAACAGUGUAAAUAGUGCAUUUCUUUUUCCUGGAGACAGCAUGCAUGAUUUAGAAUUACAAAGGGACAAAUUGUCUGGAACAUUUUUGUCAUUUAUCAUUUCGGAUUCGAGUGAUGCGAUGAAACAGAAAGGGUUGGAACGUCUUAUAAUUUUGAUAAUGACAAAUUUUUAAUUAAAACAGUCAACAUUUUUCUGAAAUCGUAUAACUGCUGCAAAAUCAAUUUAUAAAGCAAGAAUUUUAGAAAUCUGUUCACUAAGAAUUCGACACCUUUGACAAUUUGAGUAUCUCGAUAACACUCGAUUCUAGAAGAAAAUGUCACUUGACAUUUUUUCCAGAGAAUUAAAUUUCAAACUUAAAGUUUCUUUAGACAUUUUUGCCUAGAUCUACUCAUUCGCGGAAAAAUCGCAGUUUUCAAGAUAAAAAUCAAUUUCUCGUAACGUUUCAGCACUCAAUUAUACCGAAUGAGAUAAAAUGUGUCCCUUUCCGUCCGCCUAAUACGAUAAAAUAUCAAUUAUUUAAAGAAAUAGAGUAAAAAAAAGCAUAACGCAACAACUCGAUUCAGCAUAAAAAGAAAAAUCCACAGAUGAGAGUAAUUAGCAUAAUUUUUAGUCAGAGAUGAUUGAAUUGAUGUGAAUCAUAAUUUAUGAUAUUCGAGAAUCUUCCAAGAUGCUCAGGCGUCGGUGAAUUAAAGAAAAGCCCUAGAAUUCGAUUUUUAAUCCCUAGUGACCGUAAAUCAAUCAACAAUUACUAGUUAUAAGUCACAUUGUAACUGCAGAACGAGAAUUUUGACAUUUUCUCGUGUAGAUACGAAUUAUCCCCGUCCUGUACUUCCCAUGACACUCGACAUCGGCUAGCUGUAUUGUCAAUGAUACGUAUAUGGUAUUAUGGGGAAGGUGCAGGUGGAAUACGAUAUUUCAAGCUCCAUUGUUCAUCUGACGUGUGAUUGUGUGAUUACUAUGGUGUAGUUAUUAAUCCCUCGUAAUUAUCGUAUCGUAAUUGUUACGAUAUUUGUAGCCAGAAUGGUGAACUAAGUGAUGACAUGCGAAGAUUAUUCUGAAGAAACGGUAAAACGUAAUUAAUCAUUGUUGACAAAUCAAUAAUUGUUGCUAAAUUAUUCUGAAAAAAUAGACAAAAUUUCAAGACACUUUUUCUAUGAAAUUCAAUUAAAGUCAAAUUAUCUAUCAAUUUUUUACUGAAAUAAAACGUAAUUAAUAAAAAUUUCGUAUUUGAUUUGAAGUCACUAACGAAAAAAUAAUAACACAACAUUUUUUUGUGUGAAUUAAAUUCUCUUAGAGUGAAUUUACAUUUUAUCCAGUGGGAAUUCCAAAAAACGGAACAAUAAUUUAUUUAUUACGUUUUACCACUUUUCUAGAUGCAAAUGUGUUAGAAACAAUUCUCGAAUUCAUUUUAGGUAAAACGAAAUUCCAUGAGGAUAUUUGAGAGGAAAUGUUUAAUGAAAUAAACAGCGUUUUGUACACCUCA